GUAAAGAAAAUAACUCCAUUUUUUUUGUUGCAAAUAGUUAUUGAUGUCCUGUAAUGGUGAGGAAUGGGCAGAUAAUGCGGCUGAUUUUUUCGACGAAUUCGCCCAAAAUACUAAAGUGUGCGGUGCCAAAUCACUUCGAAAACGUAAUCGCGAGUUAAAAGAAGGCGAUACUACUCAGGCCUUGAUCGAAUCAAACAAAACCCGUGCGACCCGCGCGGAGGAGGCACGGAGGCGUAUCGCAGCUGUGGUGGUAAGCCGCGCGAGUUCUAAAGAAAUUGAAAAAGCUGUUGCGUCUAUUAAGAAACAGGGUCGUGCUAGAGGUAGCACUUACCAUGAAAAAGAAACGCGUCAAGACAAUUACCAUUCUAAAGGCAGUAGCUUAAGUAGACACACUACUGAUGAAAGAAAACAAGUGAGCUUGAAGGCCAAGAUCAACAGCACUGUUGGUCCUUCUAAGUUAUCUGAACCAUUUUCUGUGGUAAAGCAGAAGCAGAGGAAGUCGUUUUCCAGGGGGAGAAAAUGAAAUGACUAGUAAAAUAUAAAGUUGUGGAAUCAUCAGUUUCAUCAAUAACGACGACGGUAAUAUGAUGCAGCCACUUUUUUGUUCUUUCUUUUUAAGAACUAUUUUACUCUCAUUAUUAUUUUUCACACGUUUUCUUCAUCUCAACUUUGAUACAUCGAGGUUAUCUGAAAAAGUAGAAGCGAAAGAAUGACUAUGCAUUCCUUAUUUUCGUACCUUUUUGUUUGCUAACUAUUUUUCGUCUUCUUCUAUCAUCA